AUGGACGACAAUCCUUCAGAGAGCGCAAUGCCUAUUCCCGAGGAAGAAGGCGCAAGAUUGGCUUCAACCCAUGGCACCUCCUCGGAGCUCCGCCAUCCAUCUUCUCCAACGGCCGGUGCUGCAAAUCAUUCCAACUCCUCGGAAGUGAUUGGACUUCUAAUAAGCAGCUCCGAAGUGCAAUUGAAAGCAAACAACCUGAUGGCGACCACGGCUAGAGUACCAUACAACAAUGGCUACGGCGACUUCUGUCUCGGUCGCAUGCCGAUAGCAGAGCGCCGAAAAUCUUCUUUUUGCUAUAUGAAAGGUACAUUCCCAUGGUACGAUCUGCCUAUCGAGCUCAGGACCAAAAUUCUUCGGUAUCUGCUCGGGUCAUACUUCCAUGUGGAUGCCAGCACAGAUAUGGAACUAGUUGAGUAGACCAUUGAGCAUCUGGCAAAGUUUGAGCCUCUCAGAGACUGGAUGGAGAAGCGUAGGCUUUAUAGAUACAUAUCGGAAGUG